AUGAGUAUUGCGACUCAUAACGACGAAGAUAAAUGCUUUACAAGGUUGGACGAGCUAGAACGAUUCAACUUUUUCCCACGUGAGAGCCACGUGGAGGCAGAAAGCCGCAGAAGGCCAAAGAAGGCGGAGUGCUUCGGAAGGCGCGUACACGUUGGUUCGUACAAGAAGCGAAAAAGUGCCACCUCGUUUGCCACACAGCGCUAUCCUGAAGGUAUACCCUUAAACACCAUGAUUGGCGCACUUACUCGUGGACUUCGAAUGGCGCCCACUUCGGGCCGCCUGCUCUCGCAGUCGCUUCGUGCUUCCAGUGUUGGUGGUGUGCGUUUCAACUCUGGCAAAGUGUCCGGCCCAGUGAUCGGCAUUGACUUGGGUACGACGAACUCGUGUGUAUCGAUUAUGGAAGGCCAACAAGCCCGCGUGAUUGAGAACUCGGAGGGAGGUCGUACGACACCAUCGGUAGUUGCCUUCAGUAAAGAUGGUGAGCGCCUAGUUGGUCUGCCGGCCAAGCGCCAGGCCGUCGUGAACCCAGAGGCCACAUUGUUUGCUACCAAGCGUUUGAUCGGUCGGAAGUUCACUGACCGUGAAGUGCAGAAGGACAUUGACAACGUUCCAUUCAAGAUUGUUGCUCACACAAACGGUGAUGCUUGGCUCGAAGCUCGUGGUCAGAAGUAUUCCCCAUCGCAGAUUGGUGCUUUCAUUGUCGGCAAGCUCAAGGAUACUGCUUCUGGCUACCUCGGCAAGUCUGUUAAGCAUGCUGUGAUCACUGUGCCUGCAUACUUCAACGACUCCCAGCGUCAGGCCACAAAGGACGCUGGUACAAUUGCUGGUCUUGAAGUACUGCGUGUGAUUAACGAGCCGACUGCUGCCGCUCUGGCAUACGGUCUGGACCGCCAGGACAGUGCCACAAUCGCCGUUUUCGACUUGGGUGGUGGUACAUUCGAUAUUUCUAUUCUUGAGAUGUCCAAGGGUGUGUUCGAGGUCAAGUCGACCAACGGUGACACGCACCUGGGAGGUGAAGACUUUGAUAUUGUAGUGGUUGAGCACCUUGUCAAGGAGUUCCAGAAGGAAAAUGGCAUUGACUUGAGCAAGGAUCGCAUGGCUAUUCAGCGUAUUCGCGAAGCGGCCGAGAAGGCCAAGAUCGAGCUCUCGAGCACUUCAUCGACGGACAUUAGCCUGCCAUAUAUCACGGCGGAUGCUUCGGGACCUAAGCACAUCAACACCAAGAUGACACGUGCCCAGCUUGAGAGCAUGAUUUCAAAGUUGAUUCAACGCACAGUUGAGCCAUGCAACAAGGCCCUCAGUGAUGCCGGCGUCAAACCAACGGAUGUGAAUGACGUCAUUAUGGUUGGUGGUAUGAGCCGCAUGCCGAAGGUACUGGAGACUGUUAAGAGCAUCUUUAAGCGCGAGCCAUCGAAGGGUGUAAACCCAGAUGAGGCCGUGGCUAUUGGCGCUUCGAUUCAAGGCGGUGUCCUUUCUGGUCAUGUGACAGACAUUCUGCUGCUCGAUGUGACUCCGCUUUCGCUCGGUAUUCAAACCUUGGGUGGUGUGUUCACUCGUUUGAUUAACCGCAACACAACGAUCCCCACGAAAAAGAGUCAAGUCUUCUCGACUGCAGCCGAUGGGCAAACGGCUGUGGAUAUCCAGGUUUACCAGGGUGAGCGUGAGCUUGUCAAGGAUAACAAGCUGCUGGGCAACUUCCAGCUCACUGGUAUUCCUCCAGCGCCAAAGGGCGUGCCUCAGAUCGAGGUUACGUUUGACAUUGAUGCUGACGGUAUCGUGAACGUAAGCGCCAAGGACAAGGCCACCAACAAGGACCAGAGUAUGACUAUCGCCGCUGGAUCAGGUCUCUCUGACCAAGAAAUUGAGCGUAUGGUAAAUGAUGCUGAGCAGCACGCUGAAGCCGAUAAAGCCCGUCGUGUUGUGAUUGAGGAAGCCAACCGUGCGCAGAGCGUUGCCAGCGAGACCAGCAAGGCAAUGGGCGAGUUCAAGGACCAAAUUGACAAGGAAGAGGCUGAAAAGGUUCAAAAGCUGGUCGAGGAACUUGAGGCCAUUGCCAGCCGCGGUGUUACAGGCGAUGAUGGUGUGAAUGCGGAUGAGAUCAAGGCAAAGAUCGACGAGACUCAACAGGCCUCGCUGGGUCUCUUCAAAAAGGUAUAUGAGAGCCGUUCCCAGGCGGACAAUAGCAGCGGCAACAACUCUGGCGAGGGUGAAAAGAAGGACUAA